AUGGAUGUUGAAGUUGAGAAUAAAAGCUCUUGUGUGGUCAAGAAUAUCUCGAGUCAGAGAGAGCAUGUAGGGCAUUUCCAACAAACAUGGGAUAAUAUGUUGAGUAAGAGUAAAUUCUCCAUGAAGGAAAAUUAUGCUGUGAUGAUUGAUGAUAACCAUAGAGUGCCUUUGAGAUAUCUAUUAAAGGGUAACAAUGCUAGGUCUAGAGCAUUGUUGACCCUCUGGUUUGUUUGUCAUGGAAAAUUGGCUAUUAAGGAUAGACUCAAGUGGUUUGGGAUGAUUCAUGAAAGCAGGUGUAGCCUGUGUCUAACUGAAGAUAAUUCAAUCAGCCAUUUAUUCUUUGAUUGCAGGGUAUCCAAAGCUAUCUGGAAGGACAUUUUCAGCUGGUUGGAGGUGAAUCACGAUCCUGAAGCGUGGUUUGGUGAAAUAAAUUGGGUUAUGGGCUACACCAAAAGAAAAUGGUGGAAAACUAUUCUCAUGAAGCUAGCAGUAGCAUAA